UUUGUUGACGGACGUGUUUGAGCGUGCGCACUACGAUGCGGUUGAAAGAGCGCGCAAGAGCGAGCUGACGCUGGAGGAGCGUCCGCGGUGACAAGCUGACAGCGUUAGCUAAAGCAGCAGCAAGAAGGAUCCCGCGGAGCCUGGAUGUUUAAAGCCGGGAGCGGCUUCAGGACAACCUGUCUUCCACUGUUAAAGGACAGUCAUGUCUGAAGAGGAGUGGACUGUCCCGGACGAACUUUUCAAAGACGUCAAGUUCUACGUGGUCGGGGACGUUGACCCAAAGGUUGUCCAUUUGCUAAAAUCAGGAAAAGGGAAGGAGGUGUCCUACAAUGCUCUGGCCACUCACAUUAUUGCAGAAGAUGGUGACAACCCGGAGGUGGGCGAGUCCAGGGAGGUGUUUGACCUGCCGGUUGUCAAGCCAUCCUGGGUGAUCCUGUCGGUGCGAUGUGGAGACUUAUUACCAGUUACUGGAUUCUCCCCAGAAUCCGGACAGAUUUUCUUUGGUGUGACAGUUUGUCUUCCCAGUCUUCCAGAUGAUCUGAGCUCUCUCUGGGCUUAUGUCACCUUUUAUGGAGGAGAAUGUCAACUGAACCUCAACAAGAAGGUCACCCACUUGGUGGUAAAGGAACCUAAAGGGGCGAAGUUUGAAUGUGCCCUGAAACAUCCCGGCAUCAAGAUUGUGACUCCAGACUGGAUCACAGAAUCUGUCAAAGAUAAAAACAGGAAGGAUGAGACUCUUUACCAUCCCAGACUCACAUAUGUGGAACAAGAGGAAGAGGAGGAGAGCGAAGCAGAGUCUUCCGAUAUGCGCUCUCCUUCUGAUGGAAGCUACAGCCCCCGCCGAUCGCGACCAUCCAGUGGAGGUUCCUCCGGAGAGGAGUCCAGUCCUCGCCGUCGACCGGGACCCAAAAGACUGAACUCUGUGUCACCAACAUCUCCUCGCAAACCAGAGCGCCGUAGCGAGCGGAUGUUCGACGAUUCCGACGAUGACUCGCCAGCCGAGAAGGAAGGCACCAACUUAAACUGGACUCCGGCGGAAGUCGUCACUCCAACGGCUCCAGUGUCAACUGGCACAGCCAGGCGGCGAGCCGGGCCCCCUGGUACCAGAGAUCUGGCUUCGUCCGCGGGGAGCGGCCUCAUCAACCUGUGUUCCACUGUGCCUUCUGUAGCGGGGAGCGAAGGAGCAACAACUGCAAAGACCGGCUCUGCCGCCGCUGCCAUCAACCAGCCUACGCAGCAAGGUGUGCCGGUUCCAGACGGCAUUCCUGGAUGGAGUACAGCCAUGAUAACCCUUCGCAACAUCACCAACACCUCCGAUGUGCAGACAGCCAACCGACCAACCAACGUCGCUCAUAUCAUCCAAAAUCUGGCAGGCAAUCAAACAAAGCCUCUGGAGCCGCAGACCAAUCAGAACCGACUUCAGACGCCGGGUAAUUGCAACCCUGUGGCUUUUAACCAGUCCAAGCUGACAGGCCAGCCUGUCACAGCAGAGCAACAGCAGCAGCUGCUUCAGCAGUCACACCAGACUGCCCAGCAACACCACCAGUUACCGCAGCAGCUCCAGCAUCCCAUAAUGCACCUUCAACAGCAUCAGAUGAUGCAGCUGCAACAGUCCCAGGUUGCCCAGCAACAGGGUUUCUCUCAGCAGCAGCAGCAGCAGCAGUUUCUGCACCAACAACAGCAGCAGCAGCAGCAACAACAGCAACAGCAACAAAUGCACCAACAGCAAAUGUUUUCCCAGCAGCAGCAGCCCCACGCUUUCCCCCAGCAGCAGCUGCGACCUCAGCAGCUCCUGCGACCAGGUCUGCAGCAGCUGCAGCAGCAACAGGCGCUGCAGCAACAUCUUCAGCAGUUCCAGCAGCAGCGCAUGCAGAUGUUGCAGCAGCAACAACAACAACAGAACCCACAGCAGUUGCACCAACAGCAUCUACAGCAACAGCAUUUGCUGCAGCAGCAGCAACACAUGCAGCACCUGCAGAAACAACACCUGCAGAACCAGAACCAGCAGAUCCUCCAGCAUCCACAGCAGCAGACCACCACACUGCAGCCUCAGCUCCAACAGCUCCCCCAUGUUUCCCAGCUGUUUGGACACGAACCGGGACUGGACAUUCCACAGGAUGGCUUUCUGCUUGGCUGUGUGUUUGUCAUUGCUGAUUAUCCGGAGCAGAUGGCUGACAAACAGCUGCUCGCUACAUGGAAAAGGGUCAUCCAGGCUUGUGGAGGUACGGUGGAUUCCACCCUCACCAGCCGCUGCACUCACCUUCUGUGUGAGAGUCAGGUCAGCAACGUGUAUGUUCAGGCUCUCCGAGAAGGGAAGCGAUGCGUCACGGCCCACUGGCUCAACACAGUCCUGAAGAAGAAGAGAAUGGUUCCUCCUCAUCGGACUCUGCAUUUGCCCUUUGCUUUCCCUCCGGGGGCCAAACCCUGUUCUCAGCAUAUCAUUUCAGUGACGGGCUUCGUGGAUGCCGACAGAGACGACCUGAAGCUGAUGGCCUACCUGGCUGGUGCCCGGUUCACAGGAUACUUGUGUCGCAGCAACACUGUCCUCAUCUGCAAAGAACCGAGUGGGCUCAAGUAUGAAAAGGCCAAAGAGUGGAAGAUCGCCUGUGUGAACGCCCAGUGGCUGUGUGACAUACUUUUGGGCAACUUUGAGGCGUUGCGGCAGAUCCAGCACAGCCGAUAUUCCUUCUACGGCCAUCCAGAACCUCUGGCUCCUAAUCCACAGUUAGUCCAGAACCUGCUAGCUGCUUGGAGAACGGCGGUCAAAGUUUCACCAGAGGCACUGGCGAAUCUGCAUCUACUGUUGAAGCAGAAGGCUUCAGACUCCACCAGCACUCCAGCGAGCAAAAAGGCCAGAUUGGAGGAGAUACAUUCCCCCAGUAAGAAACUCCCUCCAGAAUCUACUCCACGAGUUAUUUUCACCGGCUUUGAGCCCCCGCAGGUGCAGCAGCUCACAAAGAGGCUGCACGCUCUCGGCGGGGAACUGGCAGAGAAUAACCUGAAAGCCACCCACCUGGUGGCGGUGAAGGUGACGCGCACCGUCAAGUUCCUCACCGCCAUGUCGGUGGUCAAACACAUAGUGAGCCCCGAUUGGCUGGAGGAGAGCUGGAGGAGCCAGAAGUUUGUAGGUGAACAGGCUUUUAUUCUGAAAGAUGCAGAGGCGGAAGUGUUGUUCAACUUCAGUCUGGAGGAGUCUCUGAGGAAAGCUCACAGCGCUCCACUCUUCAAGGGGAAGUACUUCUACCUGACUCCGGGAGUCUGCCCCAGCCUCAGCACCAUGAAGGCCAUCCUGGAGAGCGCUGGAGGGAAGCUGCUCACCAAGCAGCCGUCAUACCGGAAGAUCAUGGAGCACAAACAGAACAAGAACCUCCCAGAGAUCGUCCUGAUAUCCUGUGACAACGAUCUCCACCUGUGCAGAGAAUACUUUAUGAAAAAUAUAGAUGUCCACAAUGCAGAGUUCAUUCUGACCGGAGUUCUCACCCAGAAGCUGGACUAUCAAUCAUAUAAAUUCACCUGACCAAACGAAGACGCUGCAGACUGAAGACUUUGGCCCGCUGCUGCUUCUUUCGUUGCAGAACCCCCCCUCCCUGUUUUGUAGCUUCUUGUUAGCCGUUUGAGAAGAAGAAAGGUUAUUUUUGUGCAAUGUUUCUUAAAAUAAUAGAGGAUUAAAUGUUUUCCUUUUUCAAGAUAAAAAAAAGUGUUAAAAAGAAAAAAAAAGUCAGUUUUUGAAAUAAAUUUUGAGCAGUUUUAUUAAA